GUAUUUUACAUUCAAGAAAAAAUGACAUUGACCUAUGGUAUAAACUGAGAAAGCAACACGGAAGUCAACUGGUUUACGUAACUUGUGGGUUUGAUGACGCUGUUUCCGUCAGUAAAUGGACAUCCUGAAAAUAUUACAGUUAUUAACCCAUGAUCUAAAAUUCAUUCACAUUUUUAUUUGACAAUGUUAAGGUUAGCAUGUUUGAAACUCGCGAGUUUUUUGAGUAUGCAAAAAAAAAAACGUGUACGUCGUUACGUAGACACGUAAUCCCAUAGUAACGUCGCAGAAUUACAACAUGGCCACCGUGAACUCCUCGGAUUGGAACGUUGUACCGGACUUGGUUCUUUUGAACGUAUUUUUUCAACUUGAAGAUGAAGAUCGUCUGUCCAUGGCAUUGGUUUGUAAGAACUGGUACCGACUCUUUCAAAGUCCGCAGCUCUGGCGGAACAGACGAGUGAUUUUCAGCACCGAAAAACCUUAUACAACAGCGACAAACUCCUUGGGGUUUUUGAAAACAUUUGGUAAAAACAUUAGGGUCCUCACAGUUGGCUUUGCAAUGCCAAACUUUCGGAAUGCCAAACAAAUUUCAAAGGCUGUAGAAUUUUAUUUCAACAAAGCUACCAAUAUACCCGACCUACGACUCAAGGAAUUUACGUUACAGAACGCGAACAUGGAGUUGUACUGGCAUUUCAUUCUGUCGAGGAAACGGAUAAUAUCGUCACUGUGCAGGUUUUUGAGAAGGCUUCAUGAAUUGACGUUGAUAAACUUGAUUGCCGCCAAAAUGUCGCUCACUGAUGGGUGUCGGGUUUUGGAAUCGCUGGGGCGGGGCCAAGCCUCCAAGACCCUUCAAACAGUGUUCAUUGAGGACAUGUUCCAAGCUUACAUCUCCCCCAACAAACACAAGCGGUAUACUCAGGCUAUGUCCAAAUUCAAGAGUAUUUCGUGGAUCUAUACCAAUUACGAUACAAUUAAUGCUCAAAUUAUGAAAAACAUAGCGAACUGCAUGGGGGAGCAAUUUCAGAAAUUAACUUUGACCAUUGAUUGUGAUGUUAGUUCCAAUAUCAUAAGAAGUGAGGACUGGAGCAAUUUCGCCGAACAUUGUCCGAACGCCGAGGUUGUAGUGUACAUUUAUGCAUCGGCAUUUAAACAAGACGUUCCGUCCAUUCUUGUGCCUGGUAUUCCACUGAAGGAAAUUGACAUAGUCUCCUGGCCGUCCGUUGACAGCGCGCGGAGAGCGUUAGAAUCCAACAUUUCAUCCACUCUAUGUCACGUUGCGCUGACGUAUAGCAAUCGUAUAGAGUGUUUGACGUUGCACUUGGAUCGUAACCCGCCCAUUGACUCGGACCUCCUGCUCUUGCUAAGAAGCUGUAGACGCCUACAGGAACUAAAUCUGUACUGCAAGCUGCAGGUGGAGACCGUCCAAAUAAUGUGUCAGAUGCAGCAACAGCGCGCGAUAGAUCUUCGUGCAAUAACCCUAGCCAUUCACGGUUUGACUGAGAGCGAAUGGUCGACGCUGACGAGGAUUCGCGGGGAAUUAAUUCAGGCGGUUAGCAGACGUAAGGAUCGUCUGCUCGACGUCGGCCACGCGGGGGGCGCUGGGAAUUCAUCCAAUCAUAACCACACUUCACCAGCGGUUUAA